AUGGCUGCAGAGACCCUUACAAAAGACAUCACCAACGCUUUGAGCGAUGAUGCCCUCGCUGCAAUACGAAAUGACGAUGCCCAGCGCCGUCGUUUGCAAGCCGCGGCGACCAAGCUGAGUCUAGCCUUGGAGAGCCAGGGGGAUACUGUCAACAGGGUCAGACAGACGCCCCUACAACUUGCCCUGGCCAAAGUGGGCGUCGACAAACACGUCUUUGAAAUUCUCGCUCAGGCCAAGCGAGACGGCCAGCCCCUAUCGCAUGCAGAGGUUGCUGCCAAGACGGGAAUCGAGUCUGCCAUGAUAAAACGUCUUCUCCGCUACUGGGGGUCCAUGGGGACCAUCACGCAGGUAGACAAUGACAAGUACACUGCCAACAACGUCACCGAGGCUCUCGCAUCUGCUCAGGGGCGCACAGCCAUUACACACGGUUUCAACUUCAAAGCCCCGGUUUUCCUGGCCAUUCCGACCUUUUUUGAACGGCAUGGCUACAAAUUAAUGACGGAUAUCCACGAAACGCCCUUCCAGAUCGGGCACAACACGAAGCUGGACCCUUGGGCCUGGGGCAAAGAAAACCCCGACCGCUACCAAGACUUCCUGGGCUGGAUGGAGCACGCGCGGGACGGAGACCCGAGCUUCCUCGACUCUGUGGACCUCGGUGGCUUUUUCAACAACUCCAGCAAAGACACGCUUCUAUUCGUGGACGUCAGUGGAUCGAGGGGUUACGUGACCACGGCAGUGAGGGAGCGGUACGCCGACGUCCCGGGCCGCGUGUUCCUGCAGGAUCAGCCCCAUAUCAUAGAUAUGGUCAAGCAGGAGACUCGACCCGGGCUCGAAAAGAUUGAGAAGCACGGGCAUGACUUUUUCACAGGCCCGACGCCACUCAAGGGUGCCCGCGUAUAUUACCUGCGCAACAUCUUGCACGACUGGUCGGACGAGAAGAGCCUCGAGAUCUUGGCGAGCGUAACCCCGUCCAUGGACAAAGACUCUGUGAUUUUGCUCGAUGAGGUCGUCCUGCCCGAGAUGAACCCUCCAUGGCGGGGAACACAGUUGGACGUGGAGAUGCUGACCCACCUCGCCGGAGCCGAGCGCACCGAGAACGACUGGCGUGGUUUAUUGGAUGCCGCUGGUCUGAAGGUUCACAAGAUCACGCCAUACUUUGAGGCGCGGGGCGAUAGCGUCAUCGAGGCGAGAUUGAAGUAG